UCUCUCUCUUCUCUUAUGCUAACCUUCAUUUCUCUUUCAGCUCCUGUUAUUGCUUUCUUCAACCAAGCCCCCUCUAUUUUUUAUUUUUUUUCUCUUCCAAUUACAGGUUUAUUAUAAACCUACCACUACCCUACGCGCUUUAAUAACAGACUUCGAAAUUCUCCAGGGGAGAGGCGAGCUAACUUGGUCCAUGGAAGAGGAAGAACAAUCAACCAAUUUUUCUGGAUAUCUUCUUUGCUCCAGCUGUAUACCAAUAGCUCUUUUCGGAAUCUACAACUAGAUAUUUAGGGUUUCAUUCUUCAAGAUUCAUUACUUCGGCUUGGGAAUUGAUAUAGGUUUGUACCGAAUGGGUCAAACUGGACGGGUCAAAAUAAGGGGUGAAUUGUUCAACCAGAGUAGCAAAAGUAAAGCUCACCUGGGUUCAGGGGUGUGUGGCUCCGUGCCAGUCUCCAGGAACAGGCCUCCACUUCUCCAACUUGACAAAUAAUUGAAACACAAUUUUGUGUGUUCAUGUCCUUUCUUCAUGUGCUAAAUCAAUCACAUGGCUGGGAGCUUGGAUGGAAGCUAUAACCAUGGUAGUCAAUCAGAUGACAGUUGUUAUUUUGAGAGACUGCACAAAGAGCCUAUUUAUGAUGCGUUUGUUUGCCCUCUGACAAAGCAAGUUAUGUGUGACCCAGUUACUUUGGAGAAUGGGCAAACUUUUGAACGUGAAGCAAUUGAAAAGUGGUUCAAGGAAUGUAGAGAGAGUGGCAGAAAGCCUGUUUGCCCAUUGACUCUCAAGGAAUUAAAAAGUACAGACCUGAAUCCUAGUAUAGCUCUGCGAAACACUAUUGAAGAAUGGACUGCUAGAAAUGAAACUGCGCAGCUUGAAAGAGCUUGUCAAUCACUGAAUAUUUCAAGUGCAGAAGGUGAUAUUUUGCUGGCUUUGAAGUAUGUUCAGCAUAUCUGCCAGAGGAGCCAAUCAAAUAAACAUGUUGUGCGUAAUGUGGAGAUAGUAUCUAUGGUUGUUGACAUGUUGAAGAGUAGCAGUCGCAAAGUUCGGUGUACGGCUUUGGAGACCCUGCGGAUUCUGGUGGAAGAAGAUGCUGAUAAUAAGGCAAUAUUAGCCGAGGGGGAUACUGUGCGGACCAUUGUCAAAUUCUUGUCUCAUGAGCUUUCGAAAGAGAGGGAGGAAGCAGUCUCUUUGUUGUACGAGCUCUCAAAAUCAGAAGCCUUGUCUGAGAAGAUUGGUUCAAUCAAUGGAGCAAUUCUCAUCUUGGUUGGAAUGUCAAGCAGUAAAUCUGAAAAUAUUUUGACAGUUGAGAAAGCUGAAAAGACGCUGGAAAACUUGGAGAAGUAUGAGAAUAAUGUAAGGCAGAUGGCUGAAAAUGGUAGACUGCAGCCUCUAUCGGCAUUACUCCUUAAAGGUUCACAGGAAACCAAAUUGUCAAUGGCUUCAUUCCUUGGUGACCUGGUUUUAAACAAUGACAUGAAGGUCCUUGUGGCUCAAACUGCAGGUUCAUCUCUCAUCAAUAUUAUGAAAAGUGGUAAUAUGCAGUCACGAGAAGCUGCACUGAAAGCUCUUAACUCAAUUUCAUCUUUUGAGGGAAGUGCCAAAGUUCUACUUGAGGCAGGAAUCCUUCCUCCUCUUGUCAAGGACCUCUUUAGUUUUGGUGCCAAUCAACUUCCCACUAGACUGAAGGAGGUGUCUGCAACAAUUCUUGCCAACGUCGUAAGUUCUGGCUACGACUUUGACUCCAUCUUUGUUGGAUCUGAUCAUCAAACCCUGGUUUCAGAAGAAAUAGUCCAUAACCUGCUUCAUCUAAUUAGUAAUACUGGUCCAGCAAUUGCGUGCAAGCUCUUACAGGUUCUUGUUGGACUCACUAGUUAUCCUUCCACUGUUCUGAAUGUAGUUGCUGCCAUUAAAAGUUCUGGUGCUAUCAUCAGUUUGGUUCUAUUUCUUGAGGCUUCCCAAAAGGAUUUGCGUGUAGCUUCCAUCAAACUUCUCCAAAACCUCUCUCCUCACAUGAGUCAGGAGCUAGCAGAUGCCCUACGCGGCACAGCUAGCCAGCUUGGCACCCUAAUCAAAGUCAUAUCAGAAAAUAUUGGAAUUACUGAGGAGCAGGCAGCAGCAGCUGGCCUUUUAGCUGAACUUCCAGAGCGGGAUUUGGGCUUGACACACCAAUUACUAGAUGAAGGUGCCUUUCAGUCAAUCAUUUCAAAAGUGGUUAAGAUUCGGCAGGGAGAGGCUAGGGGCAUCCGCUUUGUAACACCAUUUCUAGAAGGGCUUGUACGGGUUCUUCUAAGGGUUACAUUUGUCCUGCCUGAUGAACCAGAUGCUAUUGUCCUCUGUCGUGAGUACAAUCUUGCAGCACUGUUCAUUGAACUACUUCAGUCCAAUGGACUUGACAAUAUACAGAUGGUUUCUGCCAUGGCAUUGGAGAAUUUGUCUCAGGAAUCUAAAAAUUUGACAAACUUACCGGAGUUGCGACUGCCAGGUUUCUGUGCCUCAAUCUUUCCAUGCUUUAGCAAGCCCCCUGUUGUAUUAGGAUUAUGCCCAGUUCACCGGGGAACAUGCUCUUUGAAAGAAAGCUUCUGUCUUCUGAAAGGAAAGGCGGUGGAGGAGUUGGUGGCACUACUAGACCACACAAAUGAAAAGGUGGUUGAGGCAGUACUGGCAGCGCUUUCUACUUUGUUAGAUGAUGGGGUAGAUAUUGCACAAGGAGUAAAUGUCUUAUAUGAAGCAGAGGGAAUUAAACCAAUACUUGAUGUUUUACUGGAGAAGCGAACGGAGAACCUGAGGAGUAGGGCAGUUUGGAUGGUUGAGAGAAUUUUGCGCACUGAUGAGAUAGCAUUUGAGGUUUCUGGAGAUCCAAAUGUGAGUGCCGCACUUGUUGAUGCAUUCCAACAUGCAGACUAUCGAACUCGGCAGAUUGCUGAGCGGGCCUUGAAACAUGUGGAUAAGAUACCCAACUUUUCUGGAAUAUUUCCAAACAUGGGAUAGGCUCCAUCCCGAGUUUGGUGAGUGCACAUCAUGUAUUAUUAUUGUUCUUCUUGUCACAGGCAGUUUUGAGGCUGAUGUAUGGAUAUGAUCUGCAAAGCAUCAAACUGCCGAUAAAUGUAUGUUGGUUAUUGCAUAUUUUUAAUUUGUAGAGUGUUUUGAAAGCCAUUCAUUUUCAA